AUGCAAAUCGAUUUCUGUUUAGACGACAGUGACCAUCAUGGUAAACAUCAUACAACCGCUGCACCGCCACCAACUCCGAUCCCCACCACUGAAGCUCCUCCACCUCCCCCACCUGAGCCACCGGUUCCCUCCGCUCAACCGACCCAUCAACCUCCUCCACCUGAGCCACCAGUUCCCUCCACUCAACCUCCUCCACCUCCUGUACCUGAGCAUUCUAGUUCCACAAGCACUUCCACGGUGCCGCCAAGUCCCCCGAGCCCUCCGCACGAUAACAAUACGGUCUUUUGCCCAAAUGUUGGAAACGCCAUGAUGUCAUCGGAAUGGAAGAAAGCGGCAGAUUCUCUUUCAUAUGGAAUAGAUGAGAGUUUUGACCCAUGUGAAGACUUUUACAGCUUCUCAUGUAACAAGUUUCUUGAGCAGACUGAUCUUCAAGAACUUGAUGUUAGCCGUUUCUCCACAUUUGAUCAAGCUCAACUCCAAGUGCAUACGGAAAUAGCUGAAGCACUUAGUAAAGUGGAUAUCAACAACAACAAGUGGUCAGAAACAGAAAGGAUCACCAAAGCGGUACGUGACAGAACAAGAAAAUUUGUGGCUUUUGAAGAAGUGAUGGCGCAGAAGCACAUUUAG